GUUACCAUGGUUACACAUGUUGUUAGCGGACAAGAUUGUUGGUGUUAGCUUGCUAGCUUUUCUGGGGCUACUGAGCAAAACUAGACGAAUUAUCGAGACUCCUCUGGUAAUUUAAAGGAGAGGAUUUAUCAGUUGUGUCCGAAUCAUCGUAUAAUCCAGGUAUCUUGGAUCUCCAGUGGUGAUCUUUGGGCAAGAGGGAUCAUGUCUGGGGACCUGGUCGGGGUUUGGGACGUGGCCCUGAGUGAUGGGGUUCACAGGAUCGAGUUUGAGCAUGGCACGACCACGGGGAAACGGGUCAUCCAUGUUGAUGGCAAGGAGGUCUUAAGAAGAGAUUGGAUGUUUAAAUUGGUCGGUAAGGAGACGUUUUAUGUAGGAAACGCAGACACAAAGGCCACCAUCAACAUUGAUGCGGUGAGCGGGUUCGCCUACGAAUACACGCUGGAGAUCAACGGAAAGAGCCUGAAGAAAUACAUGGAGAACCGGUCGAAAGUGACGAGCACAUGGCUGCUUAACUUGGAUGGUGUGGACUGCAGAGUCGUCCUAGAAAAAGACACCAUGGACAUUUGGUGCAAUGGACAGAAAAUGGAGACAGCCGGUGAGUUUGUGGACGACGGCACAGAGACACACUUCACUCUAGCCGACCAUGACUGCUGCAUCAAGGCCGUGAGCAGCGGCAGGAGGAGAGAUGGCAUCAUCCACACCCUCCUGGUGGACGGCAACGAAAUGGCCGAGGCCACCGAAUGAUUGUGUGGGAUGUAGGAAGUAGUGGUUUUAGCCCUCAUGUUCUUCACUGCAGUGGUUGUCCUGCUGACUCAGGCCAUCUCUUUAGAAUUUAAAGCAAUACUGUGGUAUACAUGAUACCUUUAGUUUAAAUUCGCAAUACAUUCCCAGUUAUUAAAUUAAGAAUUAGAAAUGAUAUCAAUAGAAGCACGAGAGCACUUCCUGUUUUCUGAGCGCACAGGCGUAGAGAGGUGUAAGGAAUGAGACGCCCAGUAAAAUCUCAUCUGCACAUC